CGAACGAGACGGGCGGAAAGUGACGAAGCUUUGCCAAACGUUGCCCCCCAUUUUCAAUAUGGCUGUCGUAUCUGCUCUCUUUAGCAACGCUCCGAUUGGAGAUUGACUCGACUUUGCAUGACUUGGUGCCUCCCUAUAUUAUUUGUUCCAUCGUAAUUUUUUGAUAAUAAGUUGUUGUGCAUCUUCCAACAACCAUUAUUUCGUUUCUUGACAAGCCCUCACUGGGCAUUGCUUUGGGCCUUUACCCCUAAAAAACAGCCAGCUGCCAGCAGUCCGAAAUAAUCAACAAUUUCCAAUGGUUUGAGUAACAGUACACAUCUGCUCUUUCUUCUUCAUGAACAAUGUGUGAAAACUGCGCCGAGCUGGUGGAGGUUUUAAAUGAAAUCUCUGAUGCAGACAGCACUGAAGGCCUACAGUUGAAGAGAGAGCACGCCUUACGUGUCUUCAACUACAUUAGCUCAUGGACACAGAGGCAAUGUUUGUGCUGCUUCAAGGAGUACAAGCACCUGGAGGUCUUCAACCAGCUGGUGUAUGCCCUCAUCAACCUGGUCAUCGCCCAGGUCACCACCCUGAGGGACCGCCUCUGUAGUGCCCAUGCCAACCGCAUCGCUGCUGGAGGUGGUGGCAACCCUGGAGACGGCACCACCGCUGGCGUUGGCAUCGCUGGCGCCGGAGCUGGUGGGCCUGGCGUCGACACAGCCGGAUCCGACUGGGGCGGUGGUGGAAUCGAAGGAGAUGGUGGUGGAGUAUGCAACCAACAACAACCACAGCCACCACCACGGCCGCAGUCCUCACCCGCCUCAGACGAGCCGCUCAACGUGGAACGCGAUUCGGCGGAGGAGGAUGGCGGCGGCGGUGGUGGUGGUGGCGCGGAGGGAUCGGAACUGUCGGACGCUAAGAACCAGAACCAGAACUUGGGUCCUAAUAAUAAUAACAAUAACCAGAACCAAGAACAACAGAAUCAACAGCAACAGCAACAGUUAGGACCGGGUCACCACCACCCCCACCACCAGGGGAGGUCGGAGAACCCACGUCUGGGCGAGGGGGUGAUGAUGUCGGGUGGCGACGGCGGGGAGCCCCCCCUGGAUGCCUUUGCCUCCUGGAGUACGGAGGACCGGGAGAAGCUGCUGCUGUGUGUGGCCAAGAUAUUCCAGAUCCAGUUCCCUCUGUACACGGCCUACAAACACAACACACACCCCACCAUAGAGGACAUUUCAGCUCAAGAAAGUAAUAUCCUGGGCUCCUUCUGCGACAUGAACGACGUGGAGGUGCCCCUGCACCUGUUGCGCUACGUGUGCCUGUUCUGCGGUAAGCACGGCCUGGCCCUGAUGAAGGACUGCUUCGAGGCCGGCAACCCCACCUCCCUGCCCUUCCCCCUCGCACACGCCUUCAUCACCAUCGUCUCCAACAUCAGAAUAUGGUUGCACAUUCCCGCUGUCAUGCAGCACAUCAUCCCCUUUCGCACGCACGUUAUCAGGUACCUGUGCAAGCUGUCGGACCAGGAGCUGCGCCAGAGCGCGGCGCGCAACAUGGCCGACCUGAUGUGGAGCACGGUGAAGGAGCCGCUGGACAGCGCGCUGUGCUUCGACAAGGAGAGCCUGGACCUGGCCUUCAAAUACUUCAUGUCCCCCACACUAACCAUGAGGCUCGCAGGACUCAGCCAGAUCACGAAUCAGCUUCACGCCUUCAAUGACGUCUGCAACAACGAAUCGCUGGUGUCUGACACAGAGACGUCUAUAGCCAAGGAGCUGGCGGACUGGCUUAUCAACAACAACGUAGUGGAACACAUAUUUGGACCAAAUUUGCACAUCGAGAUCAUCAAGCAGUGCCAAGUGAUCCUCAACUUCCUGGCUGCAGAGGGCCGUCUGAGCACCCAACAUGUGGACUGCAUCUGGGCAGGCGCUCAGCUGAAACACUGCAGCCGGUAUGUCCACGACCUGUUCCCCUCGCUCAUCAAGAACCUGGACCCCGUGCCUCUCAGACAUGUGCUCAACCUGGUCUCCGGACUGCACCCCAGCGCACACACAGAACAGACCCUGUACCUGGCGUCCAUGCUGAUCAAGGCCCUGUGGAACAACGCCCUGGCGGCCAAGGCCCAGCUCUCCAAGCAGAGCUCCUUCGCCUCGCUGCUCAACACCAACCUCCCCAUGGGCAACAAGAAGGGGUCCCCUGCGGCGAGCCCAGAGAGCAGUGACAACAGCGAUACUCAUCACAGCGGAGGAAGCGACUUGGAGAUGGACGAACAGAUCAUGACCGGCAGCAAGAGGGGACAGCAGAGACUCUCAGACACAGAGGAGUCACUGCAGGGCAGCUCUGACGAGACGGCCAACAGCGGCGAGGAAGGCAGCAGCGGGCCGGACAGCAGCAGCGGGCGCUCGGACGGCGACGCCUCCAGCAACGAGGAGGAGGCGGCCUCUAGCCGAGCCAGCCAAUCGGCCGGCAGCCCCGGCUCAGAGCUGCAUUCCGACGACAUGGCAGACAGCGAGGUGCUCAAAGAGGAGGAAGAAGAAGAAGAAGAGGAGGAAGAGGAAGAAGAAGAAGAGGACGACGACGACGAGGAUGAAGAUGAUGACGAAGACGACGACGAGGAGGAAACGGCAAACGCCUUGUCCAAUCAGAGGCCGGUUGCCAUGGCAAUAUCAACCGCGUCGACGACGUCGUCGGUAGCAACGGGUGCCGUGACGACGACAAAUGCGACGACGGAAGCGGGGAAGCGUCAGAAGGAGUUGCGGGGGGAGACGCCCCAGACCGUGCCUUCGUCAGUCCCGUCCACUUCAACGCCCUUAUUGUCCACGUCCUCCUCAUCGUCAGAGCUGAGGAAGAGGAAAGCAGGGGAGCCGCUGGGGGAGAUCCAGCCUCCGCCCGAGCGCCCUGGCAUGGGGGCGGGCGUGGGUGUUGGCAUUGGCAUCGGCCCGGCAACCAGUGGCACCAACCCUACCCCCGGCACCAGCAACAGUAACGCUAGCGGUGGAGGUGGCGCUGGUUUAGUGUCCUCCAUGCCAAUGUCUGGUCCUACAACCUCCGCUUUGUCGUCCACGCCAUCAUCGUCCUCGUGUACUGCGGUCACCUUACCUGGGCCAGGCCAACUUCCUGGUCCGGGACCCGGGCCUGGACCUUCCCCUCCGAAAACAAAGCCCCUCCCCUUUCAAUCAGACCCCUCCCCUUCCACGUCGUCGGCUUCCGUGUCUGUAUCGGCGUCUGUAAUGGCUGCCGCAGCUGCUGCCGCUGCCGCUGCGGUCGUAGCCUCGACAUCUUCCUCUUGCAACAUCUCCACCUCCUCCUCCUCGUCCUCCUGCGUUGGCACCUCGUCUGCCUCCACGCCCACCUACUCCUCCAUGAGGAUGAUGGUGGACCCCUGCACCUCCUCCUCCACCACCUCCUCGUCCGGCGUGUGUCUGGACCCCGCCAUGGCGGAGCGAGGAGCAGACCACCAACACCAUCAUCACCAUCAUCAUCAGCAGCAGCAUCAGCAUCAGCAUCACCCUCAUCAGCACCCUCAGCAUCUCCAACAGCAGCAUCCACAGCAAAUGUCCCAGCAGCACCACAUGCUCUCCCAGCAGCAGCAACAACAGCAGCAGCAUCACCUAUUGUCACAGCAACAACAGCAUCAUCACCAUCAACACUUAACCCCGCAACAGGGGCCUCAACCACAGACUUCUCAACAUCAGCAGCAGCAGCAGCAUCAUCCACAUCCACAUCCUCAUCAACAGGGGCCCCUGGGUCCGGAGAUGGGGCCGCUGCACGGUCCCCAAGGUCCCCCACCUCCCCAGCAGCAGCAGCAGGGGCCUCCGUCCGGCCAGGACCCCUCCUGCCUUCCACACCCCAGGCCUGGGGACUUCCUGGGGGAGGCCAUGGGCAACGAGCUGUUCAACUGCCGGAGGUUUAUCAACCCACAGCACCAUCACCACCACCACCACCACCAUCAUCAUCACCACCACGAAGGUCACGUGAUGGAGGACAUGCUGAGUGCAGACGACGUGAGCUGCAGCAGCUCGCAGGUGAGCGCCAAAUCGGAGAAGAACAUGGCGGACUUCGAUGGGGAGGAGUCUGGCUGUGAGGAGGAGCUGGUACAGAUCAACUCCCACGCGGAGCUCAGCUCCCACCUGCAGCAGCACCUCCCCAACCUGGCCUCCAUAUACCACGAACACCUGGUGCAAGGCCCUUCUGUCCACAAGCACCAGUACUCCACCCACGCAGUUACCGACAUCAACCUGGACAACGUGUGUAAGAAGGGCAACACACUGCUCUGGGACCUGGUGCAGGAUGAGGAUGCUAUCCACCUAUCGGAGGGCCUGAUCGGCGAGGCGGAGAAGCUGCUUUGCUCGCUGGUGUGCUGGUUCACCGACCGGCAGAUACGCAUGCGCUUCAUCGAGGGCUGCCUCGAGAACCUGGCCCACCAUAGAUCUGUGGUGGUGUCCUUGCGUCUGCUGCCAAAGCUUUUUGGGACGUUUCAGCAGUUUGGCUCCAGCUACGAUACUCACUGGAUCACCAUGUGGGCGGAGAAGGAGCUGCACAUGAUGAAGCUGUUCUUUGAGAAUCUACUGCACUACAUCCAGGAAGUGAGGGAGAAACGACACAAGUUUGCUCUGUACGGCCACAGUGCGGAGGUUCAGGUGCGUCUGCAGUUUCUCACCUGCGUCUUCUCCACACUGGGCUCCCCGGACCACUUCAGGCUGAGCCUGGAGCAGGUGGACAUCCUGUGGCACUGCCUGGUGGAGGACUCUGAGUGCUAUGACGACGCCCUGCACUGGUUCCUCAACCAGGUGCGCAGCAAAGACCAGCACGCCAUGGGCAUGGAGACAUACAAACACCUCUUCCUCGAGAAGAUGCCCAAGUUGAAGCCGGAGACCAUCAGUAUGACGGGUCUGAACCUGUUUCAGCACCUGUGUAACCUGGCCAGGCUGGCCACCAGUGCCUAUGACAGCGGCUCCAACUGUGAGCUGUGUGGUAUGGACCAGUUGUGGGGCAUUGCCCUCAGGGCCCAGUCUGCAGACAUCAGCCGCGCUGCCAUCCAGUACAUCAACUCCUACUACAUCAACGGUAAGGCUGGGCUGGAGAAGGAGCGUGAGUUCAUCAGUAAGUGUAUGGAGUCGCUGCUGAUGGCCUCGGCCAACCUGGAGAAGGACGCCCUGUCCAGCCUCACCGUCAUCGAGAGGGGACUACUCAUGCUCAAAACACACCUGGAGGCCUUCAGACGCAGGUUCGCCUACCACCUGCGCCAGUGGCAGAUCGAGGGCACGGGCAUCAGCAGCCACCUGAAGGCACUGAGUGAGAAGCAGUCGCUGCCCCUCCGCAUCGUAUGCCAGCCCGCCGGACUUCCAGAUAAGAUGACGAUCGAGAUGUACCCCAGUGACCAGGUGGCGGACCUGCGUGCGGAGGUGACCCACUGGUAUGAGAACCUGCAGAAGGAGCAGAUGAACCAACAGGCCCAGCUGCAGGAGUUCGGACAGACCAGCAGACAAGCAGACUUCCCAGGAGGUCUGAUGGGUCCAGUGAGGAUGAUCUCAUCGGGUCACGAGCUGACCACAGACUACGAUGAGAAGACACUGCACGAACUGGGCUUCAAGGACAUGCAGAUGGUGUUUGUGUCUCUGGGCGCUCCUCGUCGGGAGCGUAAAGGGGAGGGGGUCCAGCUGCCGGCCUCCUGCCUGCCUCCUCCGCAGAAGGAGCACAUCCCCAUGCUGCUGCUGCUGCAGGAGCCGCACCUCACCACGCUCUUCGACCUGCUCGAGAUGCUCGCCUGCUUCAAGCCCCCCAGCCCCGACACAGCACUGGACAGCGCAGAGAGUGUGCGUUGUGAGGAGCUGCAUCUCCAUGCGGAGAACCUGUCUCGCCGCGUCUGGGAACUGCUCAUGCUGCUACCCACCUGCCCCAACAUGCUGCAGGCCUUCCAGAACAUCUCAGACGACACGGGUCCAGAUGGGUUGUGCUGGAAAGACCUGCUGCGCAUCAAGAGUCCACACAAGCUGCUGUACGCGCUGGAGAUCAUAGAAGCCCUGGGCAAACCCAACCGCCGCAUACACCGCGAGUCUACGGGGAGUUACAGUGACCUGUAUCCAGACUCCGAUGACUCCAGCGAAGACCAGAUUGAGAACAGCAAGAACACCUGGAGCUGCAAGUUUGUGGGUUCUGGUGGUCUGCAGCUUCUCCUAGAGAUCUUCAACUCCGCCAUCCUGGAGCCCAAAGAACAGGAGUCCUGGACUGUGUGGCUGCUGGACUGCCUGGCGUGCCUGCUGAAGCUGAUGUGCCAGUUUGCGGUGGAGCCGUCGGACCUGGACCUGGCCUACCACGACGUGUUCGCCUGGGCCGGCAUGACGGACGCCCAGCGCAAGAGGGCCUGGCCCGGCAAGUCGCGCAAGGGCGCCGGAGAUCACGUCAAGGGCCUGCACAUCCCGCGACUCACAGAGGUGUUCCUGGGUCUUGUCCAGGGUACCAGCCUCAUCCAGCGCCUCAUCAACGUCACGUACACCUACGACAACCUGGCGCACAGGGUUCUGAAGGCUCAGUCUGACCACAGAUCACGGCAUGAAGUGACACACUACUCCAUGUGGCUGCUGGUGAGCUGGGCUCACUGCUGCUCUACUGUCAAGUCCAGUCUGGCCGACAGCGACCACCUGCAGGACUGGCUGAAGAAACUCACACUGCUCAUCCCGGAGGCGGCGGUACGUCACGAGGCGUGUAACGGCCUCUACAAGCUCUCCCUGUGUGGCCUGGAGGGGGGAGAGAGCAUCAACCGCUCCUUCCUGCUGCUCGCCGCCUCCACGCUGCUCAAGUUCCUGCCCGACGCACAGGCUCUCAAGCCAUUCAAGAUGGAGUCGUAUGAGGAGGAGCCCCUGUUGCGGACGGGCUGUAAGGAAUACUUCUGGCUGCUCUGCAAACUCAUAGACAACAUCCACGUCAAGGACGCCAGCCAGACCACGCUGCUGGACCUGGAUGCGCUGGCCAGGCACCUUGCAGACUGCAUACGCAGCCGUGAGAUCCUGGACCAGCAGGAGGGUGCGAUGGAGGACGACGGUCUGACGGGCCUCCUGCGGCUAGCCACCAGCGUGCUGAAGCACAAGCCGCCCUUCAAGUUCUCGCGCGACGGCCAGGAGUUCCUGCGGGACACCCACGACCUGCUGUUCCUGCUGCCCAGCCUCAACGACCGCCGGCAGCCCAAGUGCAAGUCCCACGCGGCCCGCGCCGCCGCCUACGACCUCCUGGUGGAGAUGGUGAAGGGCUCGCUCGACAACUACCGCCUGCUGCACAACUGGGUCAUGGCACAGCACAUGCAGGCCUCCCAUGCAGCGUAUAAGUGGGACUACUGGCCGCAUGACGACGUGCGUGCGGAGUGCCGCUUCGUGGGGCUGACCAACCUGGGGGCCACCUGCUACCUGGCCUCCACCAUCCAGCAGCUCUAUAUGAUCCCAGAAGCCAGACAGGCCGUAUUUACUGCCAAGUACUCUGAGGAGAUCAAGCACAAGACCACCCUGCUGGAGCUGCAGAAGAUGUUCACAUAUCUCAUGGAGAGUGAGCGUAAGGCGUAUAACCCGCGGCCGUUCUGCAAGACCUACACCAUGGACAAGCAGCCGCUCAACACGGGGGAGCAGAAGGACAUGACCGAGUUCUUCACCGACCUCAUCACCAAGAUCGAGGAGAUGUCACAGGACCUGAAAAACACAGUGAAGACGUUAUUUGGUGGAGUCAUCACAAACAAUGUAGUGUCGCUGGACUGUGACCACGUGAGCCAGACUGCUGAGGAGUUUUACACGGUCAGGUGUCAGGUGGCCGACAUGAAGAACAUCUAUGAGUCCCUGGACGAGGUGACCAUCAAGGACACUCUGGAAGGGGACAACAUGUACACCUGCUCCCAGUGCGGCAAGAAGGUCCGCGCAGAGAAGAGGGCGUGUUUUAAGAAGCUGCCGCGUAUCCUGAGCUUCAACACCAUGCGCUACACCUUCAACAUGGUGACUAUGAUGAAGGAGAAGGUCAACACCCACUUCUCCUUCCCCCUGCGGCUGGACAUGACGCCCUACACCGAGGACCUGCUCAUGGCCAAGGGGGACAGGAAGGAAGGUUUCCGCGAGGACGGCGAUGCGAAGGCGACGGAGAGCUACGAGUACGACCUGAUCGGGGUGACGGUGCACACGGGCACGGCAGACGGCGGCCAUUACUACAGCUUCAUCAGAGACAUCAUCAACCCCCACGCCUACAAGAACAACAAGUGGUACCUAUUUAACGAUGCCGAGGUGAAGCCCUUUGACUCAGCGCAGCUGGCAUCCGAGUGCUUUGGAGGAGAGAUGACGACCAAGACGUACGACUCGGUUACGGACAAGUUCAUGGAUUUCUCUUUUGAAAAGACCCAUAGUGCCUACAUGUUGUUUUAUAAGCGGGUGGAGUUGGAGGAGGAGAAUGGGAAGGACUUUAACUUCGAUGUCUCUCCUGAUCUGCUGGAGUGGAUCUGGCAUGAUAACAUGCAGUUUCUCCAGGACAAGAAUAUUUUUGAGCACACUUACUUUGGGUUCAUGUGGCAGCUGUGCAGCAGCAUCCCGAGCACUUUACCGGACCCCAAAGCCAUCUCACUCAUGACUGCCAAGCUCAGCACAUCGUUUGUGUUGGAGACUUUCAUCCACUCCAAAGAGAAGCCUACUAUGCUGCAGUGGAUCGAGCUCCUGACCAAACAGUUCAACAACAGCCAGGCGGCCUGUGAGUGGUUCUUGGAUCGGAUGGCGGAUGACAACUGGUGGCCCAUGCAGAUCCUUAUCAAGUGUCCCAAUCAGAUCGUACGUCAGAUGUUCCAGAGGUUGUGUAUUCAUGUCAUCCAGAGGUUACGACCUGUACACGCUCAUCUGUACCUGCAGCCGGGCAUGGAGGAUGGUUCUGACGACAUGGAUGGGCCGGUGGAGGACAUCGGCAGCAGGUCGUGCGUGACGCGCUUCGUCAAGACACUGCUGUCCAUCAUGGAACACGGCGUCAAGCCGCACAGCAAGCACCUCACAGAGUACUUCGCUUUCCUCUACGAGUUCGCCAAGAUGGGAGAGGAGGAGAGUCAAUUUCUCCUGUCUCUUCAAGCCAUUUCCAUCAUGGUCCAUUUCUACAUGGGCACCAAGGGACCUGAAAACCCGCAGGUGGAGGUGUUGUCUGAGGAGGAGGGAGAGGAGGAGGACGAGGAGGAGGACAUCUUGUCCCUGGCCGAGGAGAAGUACCGCCCCGCCGCCCUGGAGAAGAUGAUCGCCCUCAUCGCACUGCUGGUGGAGCAGUCCCGCUCCGAGAGGCACCUGACUCUGUCCCAGAGUGACAUGGCGGCCCUAACGGGGGGUAAGGGUUUCCCCUUCCUCUUCCAGCACAUACGAGACGGCAUCAACAUCCGACAGACCUGCAACCUCAUCUUCAGCCUCUGCAGAUACAACAACCGCCUCGCCGAACACAUUGUCUCCAUGCUCUUCACCUCCAUUGCCAAGCUCACUCCUGAGGCGGCGAACCCCUUCUUCAAGCUGCUGACCAUGCUGAUGGAGUUUGCUGGCGGCCCCCCCGGCAUGCCCUCCUUCGCCUCCUACAUCCUGCAGAGGAUAUGGGAGGUGAUAGAGUACAACCCGUCUCAAUGUCUGGACUGGCUGGCAGUGCAGACUCCUCGCAACAAGAUGGCGCACAGCUGGGUACUACAGAACAUGGAGAGCUGGGUGGAGAGGUUCCUCCUCGCACACAACUACCCACGCGUCCGCGCAUCGGCGGCCUACCUGCUGGUCUCUCUGAUCCCCAGCAACUCGUUCCGUCAGAUGUUCCGCACCACGCGGUCGCUCCACAUCCCCACACGGGACCUGCCGCUCAGCCCCGACUCCACCGUCGUCCUGCACCAGGUGUACACGCUACUGCUGGGGUUGCUGGGCCGUGCCAAGCUGUACGUAGACGUGGCCGUGCACGGGACCACCAAGCUGGUGCAGUACUUCAGCUUCCUCACCUACUGCCUCCUCUCCAAGACCGAGAAGAUCAUGCUCUCCACGUACUUCAUGGACUUGUGGAACCUCUUUCAGCCCAAGCUGUCAGAGCCAGCCAUCGCCACCAACCACAAUAAGCAGGCCCUGCUCUCCUUCUGGUACAACGCGUGCGUGGACUGCCCCGAGAACGUGCGGCUCAUCGUGCAGAACCCCGCCGUCACCAAGAACAUCGCCUUCAACUACAUACUGGCCGACCACGACGACCAGGACGUGGUGCUCUUCAACAGAGGCAUGCUGCCGGCCUAUUAUGGGAUGUUGCGGCUGUGCUGUGAGCUGUCUCCGGGCUUCACGCGGCAACUGGCCCAGCACCAGAACAUCCAGUGGGCCUUCAAGAACCUCACGCCACACGCCAGCCAGUACCCCGGGGCGGUGGAGGAGCUGUUCAACCUGAUGCAGCUGUUUGUGGCCCAGCGUCCAGACAUGAGGGAGGAGGAGCUGGAGGAUAUCAAGCAGUUCAAGAAGACCACCAUCAGCUGCUACCUCAGAUGCCUCGACGGCAGAUCCUGCUGGACUACUCUCAUCAGUGCCUUCCGUGUUUUACUGGAAAACGAUGAGGACCGACUGCUGGUGGUCUUCAACCGAGGACUCAUCCUCAUGACUGAGUCCUUCAACACCCUGCACAUGAUGUACCAUGAGGCGACGGCGUGCCACGUGACGGGAGACCUGGUGGAGCUGCUGUCCAUCUUCCUCUCCGUCCUCAAGGCCACACGCCCUUACCUGCAACGCAAAGAUGUGAAGCAGGCUCUGAUCCAGUGGCAGGAGAGGAUUGACUUUGCCCACAAGCUCCUCACCCUCCUCAACUCCUACAGCCCCCCCGAACUACGCAACGCCUGCCUAGAUGUCUUGAAGGAGUUGGUGCUCCUGAGUCCGCAUGACUUCCUCCACACUCUGGUCCCCUUCCUGCAGCACAACCACUGCACCUAUCACCAUAGCAACAUCCCCAUGUCGUUCGGUCCCUACCUGCCGUGCCGGGAGAACAUGAAGUUGAUGGGGGGCAAGAACAACAUCCGACCCCCCCGCCCGGAGCUCAACAUGUGCCUACUGCCCUCCAUGGUGGAAACCAGCAAGGGUAAAGAUGAAGUUUACGACCGCAUGCUCCUGGACUACUUCCUCUCCUACCACCAGUUCAUCCUGCUGCUGUGUCGCGUCGCCAUCAACUGCGAGAAGUUCACCGAGACACUCGUCAAACUCAGUGUUUUAAUAGCGUAUGAAGGACUGCCUCUCCAUCUCGCCCUGUUCCCUAAACUCUGGACUGAGCUGGCCCAGUCACAGUCUGUGUUGGCUAAGACGUGUGUGAAGCUGCUGUGCGAGGACCCUGCAUUUGGAGAGUACAUCAAGUGCAUCCUGGUGGACGAGAGGACCUUCCUCAACAACAACAUGGCCUACUCCUUCCUCACCUGCUUCCUGCACAAGGUGCAGGCGCAGGUGUUGUCGGGUCCGAGCUGCUCCAACCUCAUCAGUAUCCUGGUCACCAACCUGCUGAACGAAUACCACAGCCUGCAGCCAGAGCUGACCAAUCACAACAGGCCUGACAUCAGCAAGACCAGCGGCCUGCUCAACGCUGACCUGCGUGGCCUGGUGCUGAUGCUGUCGGUCCACACCCCUCCUCAGCUGGAGCCAGCGCUGGGUCCCACUCUGCAGGAGAUGCAGGCCAAGCUCAGAGCCUGCCUACAGCAUCGCAACGCAGCCAUAGAGAUGGAGGCCAAGGAACGCAAGAGCAAAGCGGAUGACGAGGGGGCCACCCCUGUGAAGCGGCGCCGCGUCGGCAGUGGAGACUGUGGUGACCCCGCAGGUGGAGACUCGAUAUCAGCAGCCUCCACCUCCACCUCCACCUCCACCGCUACAGCAGACCCCAGCAGCACCAACACCACCUGCACCACUCAGCCAUCAUCCUCCUCCUCCUCCUCUUCAUCUUCAUCUUCAUCAUCAUCAGCCGCCGCCAACCUCCCAUCCACCUCCUCCGCACACUCUGCGCCCCUCCCUUCCACUUCCUCAUCUGUCAAUCCCGGCUCCUCAUUGGCCGGUGGGAGCGGAGAUGCUGUUCACGCCGGCUCCUCCUCCUCCUCCUCCAAGGCCGAGCCAAUGGAAUCCGGCGUUCCUGUUGCCGUUCCUGUUCCGCGCUCGCCGGGUAGCCCGUCGGACACGGAGACGCGCGACUCGUCCUCGCUCAUCGACCCGGGCACGGAGCACGACCCCCCCUCCCCCAUUCCUCCCCCCUCCUCCUCCUCCGUCGUAGACACCACCACCACCACCACCAGUACCAACAACAACAACAACAACAUGCCCUCCACAUCAUCCUCCUCCCCCACCAACAACCCCAACACCACCACAAAGGAUGAGAAGAUGGUGGAGGCGUCGUCCUCGUCCGCCUCUUCCUCCUCAUCGUCAUCGUCUUCGUCCUCGUCCUCCUCGUCGUCUUCCUCGAUGAUGCCGGACAGAUUUGGACAGCAGGAUGAAAGCGUGAUGAUGCAACAGCAGCAACAGCAGCAGUCCCAACACGGAGGAGGAGGAGGAGGAGCAGGAGCGUCAGUAGGAGGAGCGUCAUCUGGAUCGAGAGCUGUGGAGGUCCAGAGAGAGGAGGAGGAGGAGGCGGCGGAGGAGGAGAAAAGGAGGAAGGAGGGCUUGAGCGAAGACAUGAAGGAAGAGACGGAUGAUUCUGCAGCUGCUGCUCGUAAGACUCUUGAAGGUAGUAAUGCAGGAGGAGUGCCACAGGGUGGCAGUGGCGUUCACGCUGUUGCUUCCACCUCAUCUUCCUCUAUAUCUGUUUCCGUAGCGGCUGCUGCAGCCUCGUCAUCGUCAGCCAAUGAGGAGGCAUCGUCGUCGCUGCUGCUGUCGCCGUCGUCCGGGCAACAGGAUGGAGGGGCAGGGUUCUGGAAUCUUGGAGGGGUUCCGUGUGACGACGCACUGGACACGCUAUGUCGGACCCUAGAGGCCACCAUUGCUGCCGUUGUCAAGGCAACCGCUGGCACCACCCCCUCUUUGCUCCCUCCCCCUUCCUCCUCCUCCUCUUCCCAUCAGCCUUCGUCAUCAUCGUCGUGAUGUCACGCCCCAAACCCCGCCCGGAAAUGACCCCAUUAACGUCUUGGGGGGGUCAUAGUUUGUUUUUUGUCGUUUUUGACUCAUUUUGAGUCGUUGAAGUCUCCCGUCUUUGCCCUCCCUUUCUUCCCCGUCAGCCUUGUGAUGUCUCAACCCACCCCCAUCCCCGGGGGAAAAAAAACUCACCCCUGAAAUGUACCCAAAAUGUCCCGCUCCCUCGUCUUCAGACGUUUGCUGACAAAGUUUCUCGUUUGAUUGUUUGACUCUUGUUUUGAGUCGUUUGAAGUCUCCUUCCUUACUUCCUUCCUUCCUUCCUUCCUUCCUUCCUUCCUUCCUUCCUUCCUGCCUUCCUGCCUUGAGAUGUCACCUCACCCCACCCCAAAAAGAAAAAAAAAACAAAACACUGCCCUCAAAAGUCCAACCCUCCACCCUCCUCCUCCUCCCCUUUUUCUUCCCCAUGAUUUGCUUUUCCUGCACAAGACAAAAAAACAAAAACGAAAAAACCUAAAACUAACCCAAUCGAAUCGGGGACCACAGAGUCCACCUCAGCAAAAGAGCAAAAUAAAAUCUCCUGCAGCAGUUUUUUUUUUCUUCUCUUAAGUCGCUAAUGCUUGAUAUGAAACCAAUGCUCACACUCACGCUCAACCCCCAUGCCCAUCCCUCUAAAGGCAAAACGAUCUUCAACCUUGCAACCUUAAAAUAUACAUAUUUUUGUCGUUUCUUGUUUUUGGGUUUUUAGUUUUUUUGUUUUGAUGUUCCCUUCUCUUAAGAUUUUUUUUAUUGUUUUUUUAAAAAAAAAAAAAAUUUCUGCGUCCCCCCCCCCCCCCACCCCCGUCUCCAAAUUGUUUGUUUGGGUCACCGGUUUUCACCCGAUCUCUCGUCUCUACCAGAAGUGUGCCGACAAAAAGUUUUCUGGUUUUGCUUGACUCUGUGUUUAGUCGUGGAAGUGUCCCUCGUCCGUCUGCGGUCCCUUCCUCUUUGAUGGCCACUGAGACAAAUGGACGAUAAGCGUCGUCAUACUCUCACUCCCGACCUCCCCGAGAAUAAAGCCAGUUCCACGUGCGAAGGAAAUAAACGGACAGAUAAAUGAAUGAAUGAAAGGAUAAAGUAACAAAAAAAUGUAACUGGUGUUACACUACACACGUGAGCUGGCAGAGUAAGGCAACACGCACACACACACACACACACUCACCAUAGAUAGCCGGAAGACAACGCAACAGAUAACAGCACACGCUUGACCCUGAAGUAUUUCUGAUCUUUUUUUUUUUUUAUCGUCUUUUUUUUUCUUUCUGUCUUUUUUUUUUUGGGUCGGGGGCGGCGCGUCUCCUCUUCUGGAGAGAUGAAAUUGUCUUUGAGGAUGCUGUAACGUCGUGGGGUGAGGGGUUAAAAGGUUUACAGUUUUAAAUCUGCUCUGCUUCUCUGCUCUUCUCUACUUAAUUUAAUUUUAUUGCAUUUUUAAGGUGUAUAAAAUGUCCUCGGUGCCAGUUUUUUGUACUUUAACAGAAGAGGCAUAAGUAUAUAUAAAUAUAAAUAUAUAUAUUAAAAAGAAAAAAAGAAAUAGAGGUUGCCUUGCUUUUUUUCUCCCCCUCUGUGGUUUGAAAUGCCCACGGGGGAGAGUUUACGUGUACAUUUAAAAAUUUAAAAGAUUAAAAAAGAAGAACCACGUGAAACUUGAUUCUGUAAGGAAUCUAAACUUUGAGAUUUUUUUUUUUUUUGCCUGGAGGUGUAUAUCAGAGAAAAAAAAAGGUUUAUAUAUAUAUAAAUAUAUAUAUAUAUAAAAUAUAUCUAUAAAGGAUAUGAAAUAUUAUAUGAUAUAGUAGUAUCAUAUGAUAUUGUCAUGCAAUGUGAUAUAGCUGUGCUUAAUUUAACCUGAUGGCUAAGAUGAAGCACUCUCUGUAACAGUUGGAGCUAUAUAUUUUAUUAUUUUCUGAUGACAAAAAAAAGACAUUCCAUAAUCUUAUCUCAUUGUCAUUAUUACAUUUUUCUUUGUGCUUUUUUUGUUUGUUUUGUUUUUGUUUUCUUUUUUUUGGUUUAUUUUAAUAUAGGGUAACUUAAUAAAAUUUUAAUGAUUUAACUAUGAAA